AUGUAUGCCAAUCUUAUUACUGGUGAAUGUGUUUGGGAAGCACCAGCUGGUGCACGAAUUAAACGUACAGAUGAAAAUCAAUGGUGGGAAUUAUUUGAUGCUAGUACUAAACGUAAUUAUUAUUAUAAUGCAAAAAGUCAACGAACUGUAUGGCAACGACCACCAGGUGCUGAUAUUAUUCCUUUGGCGAAAUUACAGAUGAUCAAAGAGAACACCGAACCAAAAGAUGAACAAAUAACAUCAACAACAAUUACUUCACCAGCAUCAGCGAUCAAUCAUACAGUUCAACAACGUUCUAAUAAUAAUAAUAAUAAUAAUAAAUGGAAACAAAUAUCACUACAAGGCCUUGAUGUAUCACCACAACAAAAUAAAAUCAUUUCACCAUCUAAAAUAUCUACACCACCAUUAAGUUCUACUACAACUACACAACGUUCUAUUCGUCGUACAGCAACUAUACUUCAUCCAAAUACAAUGCUUACUUCAAGCGUACCUAAUGAUCCACGUCGCACAAUUGCUUGUAAUGAUAUAACAUUACCAACAACUUCAAAUCAAACUAAUAGUUUUUUUCGUCGUCGAACACAACAACAACAACAGCAGCAGCAACAACAGCAACCGCUUAAUGGACAAUUAGAUAAGUCAUCAUCGACAUCAUCAUCAACAAAAUCAUCUCUAUUCGAUGAAAAUUUAAAUAAAAUGUCUUCGACAACAUUUUCUCUGUUAAGACAACAUUCAUCACCAACAAAUAAAAGUGAAAAAUCGACUUAUGAUAAUUUAAAUAAUGCAACUGAUACACCAACAAUAUCAUCAACUAAUUUAGAAAGAAAAACAUCAUUUCCAUUAAAUAAAAAAGCUAAUCGACAUCUAACAAAUGACUCUCUAACGAGUGAUGCUUAUGAUAAUUAUCCAGAAAAAAAUGGUUAUGAUAAUUAUCCAAUUAUUCGUAAAACAACAACAACAUCAAUUAUGACAACAUCACAAAAUGAAUCAGAAGAACGACAAUCAUCAUCAUCAUCAACAAUGGGUACACCAAGAAAUGAAUUCAAUACAAAACGUUCACAAAGUAUUAAUUUAAAAACACCAUACACACUCAAAUCAACUCCUAUUGGAGGAGGAGGAGGAGCAGGAAUAACAGAUGAAAAUAAACGUUCGGGUAGUGCACAUCAUAGAACAAAUAAAUCUUCAGUAACAAAUAAAGAUCAACUAUGUAAUUUAAAUACGGCGAGUUGUUCACCUUUAAAUGAACAUCUUUUCAAUCAAAAUUCUCAAGUUCAUCAACAAUCUCCAAUACUUCGUCAUAUAAGUAGUCCAUCAUUACAAAGUUCAACAGUUCUCAUUCCUCAUCAACAAUUUGUACAUAAUAAAACUAAUAAUCAUGUAAUAGCAAAUUCUUCUAUGGAAUCAUCAACAAUCGUUCCACCUGAAUCAACAUUUAAUCGUUUAUCAUAUGGACGUAAUCGUGUACGAAAGAAACAACCACGUACAAAUCCAAAUUAUGUUAAUAUUGAAAUUAAAAGUAAUGAUGGUUCACUUCGUAGUACAUAUAUUCGUAUACAUGAUGUACAAAAACCUAAAACAUCAACAUUAUCAUCAUCAUCAUCAAGUAGUUCAUCAUCAUCAUCAUCAACAAAAAAUCCUUCAACUGGACAAGAUUCAAUUGUUUGUAAUUCACAUUUUCAUUCACAACCAUAUUUAAAUGAAACAAAUGAAUAUUAUACAAGUAAUGACACAAUUCAUAGUGGUAAUGGUGCUGGAGGAAAAACAACACCAACAAAAAAAUCUCCACAAUGGAUAAAAACUAAUGAAGAACGAAAUGAAAUUAUUAUGCAACAACAAAAUGAAAAUAACCAAACAGAUGAUGCUCAAACAUUAACUAACAAAACAGCUCUUAUGAUGAAACAGUUUGUUACAUGUAAUGAUGAAUUUCUAUUCCAUUCAACAACUGAUCCAUUGAAUUUAAAUUUUAAUCUUGGAAAUAAUGAGAAUAGUGUUAUGACUGGUUGUGGUACUAAUUCGAAUACAUCAACACUUUCAUCACCUACUUUACCUAUUUAUUAUGAUGGUCAUUCAAAUUCACCUCCACUAUCAAAUUCUAUAACACAACAUUCAAUGAAUCGAUCAAAUGAACCUGAUUCAUCUUCUGCAAGUUUAACUCGACCAAUUUCAAUACAUUUACAUGGUUUAACUGAUAAUACAAAUCAAAAUAAUCAGACAUCGAUGUAUAAACAGUGGCAUUCAUCAUCUUCUCCAAAUAAAGCUCCUGCAGCAAUUGUUGAAAUUGAAUCGGAUAUCUUAUUUAAUGAUAUGUUAAAUUUUAAUACACAUAAACGUGGUUUAUUUGGUAAACGUUUAACACAAGAUGAUUUAUUAUCAUGGUCAAAAGAACCAAUAACAAAACCUCUUCUACGUACAAUGGAUAAAGUUUUAAAAAAAGAAGCACCUGAAAUAUUUAAACUUAUUCAGACAUAUAUGGGAGAUAAAAAAUCGAAACAAAUAGCAUCAUUAAAUACGUGUUUAGAAUUAACAACAAAAGGUUGGAGUUUACCAACAAUACGUGAUGAACUUUAUUUACAAUUAAUUAAACAGACUAGUUAUAAUAUUAGUGCGGAAAGUUUACAACGUGGUUGGGAAUUAAUGGCGGUUUGUCUUUCAUUUUUUCCACCAUCAGGUAAAUUUCAAUCAUUAUUAGAAAAAUAUAUCAUAUUACAAACAAAUGGAGAUGCUGAUACACCUGAAGUACCAAUAUCAAUUUAUGCUAAAGUUUGUCAGAAACGUAUAGAAAAAAUUCUACAAACAGGUCCAAAAAAAGGAUUAAAAAAACCAACAUUUGAAGAAAUUGAACUUUCUAAGCAUACAAUACAUUUUCCAUCAAUGUUUGGUGCUACACUUGAAGAAGUCAUGGCUAUGCAAAGAACAAGAUUUCCUGAACGACGUUUACCUUGGAUACAAACCAUCUUAUCCGAAGAAGUAUUAAGAUUAAAUGGCUCACAAACAGAAGGAAUAUUUCGUGUCCCUGGAGAUUUGGAUGGUGUUAAUGCAUUGAAAGUAAGAUGUGAUCAAUGGCAAUUACCAGCACUUGAAGAUGCUCAUUUACCUGCAUCAUUAUUAAAACUUUGGUAUCGUGAAUUAGCUGAACCAUUAAUACCAUCUGUAUUUUAUGAACAAUGCAUUCUUAACUGUGAUAUACCAGAAACAUGCAUUCGUCUUGUCAAUUCUUUACCUGAUAUAAAUCGAGCUGUUUUAACAUAUCUCGUUCGUUUCCUUCAGGUAUUUGCUGCACCAGAAAAUGUUGUUGUUACUAAAAUGGAUGUAAAUAAUUUAUCAAUGGUAUUUGCACCUAAUAUUCUUCGAUGUGAUUCAGAAGAUGCUAAAGUUAUAUUUGAAAAUGCACGAAAAGAAAUGCUAUUUAUUAAAGUUCUUAUAUUAAAUUUAGAUACAAAUUCAAUUGAAGGUGUUAUUUAA